AUGGACCCAUUAUCUAUCGCGUCGGGCGCCGCCGGCCUUGCCAUCAGCUGCGCGACGAUAGCCAAGACGCUAUACACCUGGAUAGACGAUACUGUCGACGUCGACGAGAAUGUUUCCAAUUUGUUGGAAGAGGUCUCGAUUCUGUCGCGAGUCCUAGACUCCGUCAGCAAUGCCUCAAGCCGGGUUCCGCAAGCUGUCGUGGCGGAGAUCGAUCCUGGUAAUGCCCUCUGGGGUAGUAUUAGUGCUACCCUCGAUGAUAUCAACAGCACUUUCAACAAGCUCAACUAG